AUGAUAUCAGACACCAUCCUAAUCGGUCGCAGACCCCUCCGUACUCACCCAAAUGACCGAAUAAACGCCUACAACCACCACUCUCUCGCUCCAUGGCUGGCAGAAACGGGUUUCCUCACACCUCUAUACUUCCAUCGACGCGCCUCGGAAAUCCGACCAUUCAAUAUGGCGCGCUGGAUCUCGCCACCUGCUGUAAUGAAUCACAUGCUUCGACGUCCACUCAUCGUCUUGAAUUUCUCGGCUGCGCAGUUAAAAACAUUGCUUUGGGCUGCUGCAAUAUCGAGGUAUGGUGCUAAAGACAGGAUUGAGCUGGUUAAGGAGCAGAUGGAGAGGGUGGCUGGAGAGCUUGGAGGAGAGUUGGGAGACGUUCCAAAAGAGGGGUUCUUUGUGAGAAUUAGUAAUUGUUCGUUGAAGGAUGCGGACGAUGGAAAUCAGAAACCGCUUUAUACGAUUUAUGAUGCGUUGGUCAAGAUCCUUUCUUCAAAGCGGGCGGUGCACAGUUUGCUGGAUUUGCAAGCUGAGAGUGAUGUGGUGGAUCACAAGAUAUUUUUCUUUCCGUACUUUGCCGGGUUGGAUAAAUUGAGCGAGUGGCGGUGCUUUGUCUACAAAGGCGAGAUUGUGGCGAUUAGUCAGACGAGAUUCUAUCAGAAUCAUCAUGCGGGCGUGAAGGAUAGUGCGUUGAGAGAGUUAGUCAUUCAGGCGAGGAGGUUGUGGGAGGAGAUUGGAGGGGAUUUUGAAUUUGAAAGUACGAUUUUGGACCUGUAUGCUGAUGUUGGGAAGCCGGGAUUUCAAGUCAAGCUUAUUGAGAUGAAUCCUUGGGGAGCUCAUUUGGGGACGGGGAGUUUGCUGUUUCAUUGGAUUGAUGACAAAGAUAUCCUAGAGCCGGAGAUACCGACUGGGAAGACGGUGCUGAGACUUGUGCAGGCGAGGAGUGCUGCUUCGGGACCAGUGAAGUAUUUGCCCAAGGGUCAGGUUAAUCAUAUUGGGCAUGGGAGGAUAAUUGAAGAUGAGCUGAAGGUGCUGAGGAGGAGAAAGUUGCAAUGGGUAAUUGAUCCAAAGGAGACCCAGAGGCUGAUGUCGCUCCCUGUUCCAGGAAAGAUGAUCAGUGAGAUUACAGCAACCAGAGCAGAGGCAUUGAACAGGUUGCGAAAGGAAUAUGGGGUGGAGGAAGAGAUAGAUGGUGAGAGAGGAGAAAAUUCGGGCAACGCAAACGGAAUGAAGUUACAUGCACGGUUUAAGCGAAUGCAAAGAGCAUUUGUGGGUGAGGCAGGGCUUGGGGAGGAGACUUUGAGUGAAUACGUGGAGCUUAUUCCGUAUGAUUUGACUUAG